CCUGUUGCGCAUUCCGGCCUUCUUGUCGCCUUUAUUGGAUUCUCUGGAAUUGUCGUUUCACCUCGAUCGUCUCGCCUCGGUCGCGCCCAUUGCCCGCAACCCUUCGGCUUGUCCUUUACCGAGGCUCUGAAGCUUGCUGUACGCAUUCCAUGCCCGCUUAAGAAACCGCUCUUCCUCCUUCCUCCUUCGACAUGCUGCUCCGAUCAACCUGCUCCCGCACUGCUCAACCGCUGAGCUGGCUCUCGCGGACUCGUCCUUCUGCAAUCAUGCCUCUCCGCGCCCGCAUCAACAACCCCUCCUUCUCCGACAUGCCUUCAGAACAACCCGGCGACGAACCGAACGACGUCCUCUUCAAUUCACACUAUGGUGUUCGCACCAUCGAACUGAAUCGUCCUAAAAAGCUCAACUCCCUCAACGGCUCCAUGGCCCGCAAGAUUCUACCGCGCCUGAAGGAAUGGGAAAAGUCACAACUCGCAAAUGUUAUCGUCCUCAAGGGUAACGGCAGAGCUCUCUGUGCAGGUGGUGAUGUCGCUGCUCUGGCCAAGGACAACCAAUCUGGCCCCGAAGGCCAGCAGCGCUCCAAGGAUUACUUUGCUCUGGAAUACAAGCUCGACCACACAAUUGCGACCUACUCCAAACCAUACGUUGCCUUCAUGGACGGCAUCACCAUGGGUGGUGGUGUUGGUCUCAGUGUCCACGCUCCUUUCCGCAUCGCUACCGAGAACACCGUCUUCGCCAUGCCUGAGACCACCAUUGGCUUUUUCCCUGACGUCGGCGCCAGCUUCUUUUUGCCUCGCAUGGACGGCGCCGUAGGAACUUACCUCGCCCUCACCAGCGAGCAGAUCAAGGGUGUCAACGCAUUCCUUUCUGGAAUUGCUACUCACUACCUCCACAGCAGUUCGCUUCCUGAUCUUGAGGCCCGUCUCGCCGAGCUUAACUUCGGUGACGACGUUUCAUACGACACUCGCCUGAGAAUCAUCAACGACACCAUUGAAGAAUUCACCACUGGUAUGCCCCACGACGCACCGCCACACUUCUCAACCAACGUUCGCAUUGCUAUCGACUACUGUUUCCAAAAUGUUCACAACAUUGAUCAGAUCAUGGAGGCUCUGGUCGCAACAGAGGAACGCGAAGACUCGCCGCCGGAGGUCAACAAGUGGGCUGCCAAGACUCGCGAGACCAUUUCCCAGCGUAGCCCCACCAGUGUCAAGGUUGCCCUCGCUCAGUUGAGGAGAGGUGCUCAAUGGAACAUUGCUCAGACUUUCCAGAACGAGCACAACAUUGCAUCCAAGUUCAUGGAGCACCCCGACUUUGUUGAGGGUGUGUCAGCACGUCUGAUCCGCAAGCCUGCCCAGACUCCUCAGUGGUCAAAGACCAGCUUUGACGACGUCUCUGAGGCCGAGGUCAACUCUUUCUUCGCCGAUGAGCUCAAGCUCCAACUUCCUACCGCCAGUGAUGAGGCGCCCUACACAGAUUACCCGUAUGCCUGGACCGCAUUGCCGCGGGAAGCCGAAAUUGAGUCUUUCGUCAAGAGCAAUCCUAAAUAUGAUAUGAACGGUGUUGUUGAGCACUUCAUCAGGCUCAAGCGAGGAAAGAUGGGUGUAAGAGAGAAGGUCGAGGAAGUCUUGAACAGGAGGACAGCCCCUGCUAACAGCAAGAGAGGCUUCACAUGGCUUUGAUGAUAUGAUCCAUCUUCAAUUUAUUGUACAGAUCUUGUAAAAUUAUAAACUUCCAUUUACGUUCUUUUGCUGUUAUUGACUUCGCUUCAAGCGAUCUUCCAUACAUACUGUCGAUCGUGUUGAGGAAAACGCAGCAUAGCUUCAGACGCGAAUUCUCCCCGGA